AAAUGUCACUAACUCCUAUACUCCCAAAAUCUCAUGUCAGAUGCUCCACGAUUCUCCCCAUAAUACACCGGAGCUGCUGGUUUUUAUGUCCUAAUGCUAAAGUUGACAUCAUCUUUUACAGCAGCACCACUAGACGACCAUGUGCGCACUGUACUUGCACCUUUUGAUACGCAACUGUUUACAUCCUGGAUGACUAUUCUUAUAUAAGUUGGCAAAAUGCGGUUUUCAGGCUACGCUGCGGCUCUGAGGGGAAACAGUGAGUCUGCGUUAAUGGGCCUGCGGUGCAGGAGCUAAACGAUGAGGUAUUUUUCUUCUUUUCUAUAGGCUAGGUGACGGGAGGUAGCUUGAUGUGAGAUGCCACAGGCUCGGGAACCUGAGACGGAAUGGUACAACGGGAGGGCGGCUCGUUUUGUCUCGGCGAGGAGGGGAGCUGUGUAAACCAGACUGGGUGGAGCAACACAUCGCCCAGCCCCAUCUAUCGUGCAGACGGCCUUGUGUCCCGUUUGCCUGGAGCUCGGAGAGAGACUACUGUACUGAGAGUCUGGCGGAUAGAGAGAGAGGGGGCCGGUCUAUGGGAGGGACUAGCGCAAAGGGGGGAAUUGGAAGGAGGAGGGGGCGAGGAGGAGGCGGCACGGGUGCUGUUUCUCCAGUCUCUUUCCCCUGUCUUUGUCUCACACACUCUUUUGUUAGCCAUGCCUAGCCUGCUGGUUCUAGCAGGGAUCAUGGAGAAAAAUGGGGGCUACGGCGGGGAUCUGGCCGGCUCCGGCUUCGGAAGCGAAGGUCUCCUUGUGCCGCCCGAUGAGGAGGAAGACGACUCCCGUGCCCUCAGGGUCGCGCUGGGCCAGUUGUCUCUGCUGGGGCUCGGGGAAGGCGAGGACGGCGGCGGAGCCCCAACAACAGGAGUACAGGACCGGAGUAACAAUAACAACAACCACCACAACCACACGAACAGCGUCGGAGGUGGCGGGGACACGGCGAUUCUGCAAGGGAAAAGCAAGUUGUGCGCCCUGUAUGAGAGCUCCUCAAGUGAGACGAAAGGACGAGGCUGCAACAUAACAGAAUGCGUCCCAGUGCCCAGCUCUGAACAUGUGGCCGAAAUAGUGGGGAGACAAGGUUGCAAGAUCAAAGCCCUGCGGGCCAAGACCAACACCUACAUCAAAACCCCUGUUAGAGGAGAGGAGCCUGUGUUCUUAAUCACUGGCCGGAAGGAGGAUGUUGCACUGGCCCGCCGUGAAAUCAUCUCUGCUGCAGAGCACUUCUCCAUGCUGCGGGCAUCCCGCAACAAGCUGGGAGUGUCCUUUAGUGGCUCCCCACCCACACCUUUGCCAGGUCAGACCACCAUUCAGGUGAGAGUGCCAUACCGUGUUGUGGGGCUGGUAGUGGGGCCUAAAGGCUCCACCAUCAAACGCAUCCAGCAGCAGACCUGUACUUACAUCGUCACCCCCAGCCGAGACCGCGACCCUGUCUUUGAAAUCACAGGGUCACCGAGCAACGCUGAGCGUGCCCGAGAGGAGAUUGAAGCACACAUCGCCUUCCGAACAGGAGGCCUGCACGACCACAAUAAUGAGAAUGACUGUUUGGGGCCGAAUGGUGGAAGCAGCCCAGCGGGCAGCAGUGGUGGUCUGGAGAGCCGGCUACAGCAGGUGUGGGGGCUGCAGGGGGGCCAGCGCAAGCCUCUCACCAGCAGCUACCGCCAGAACUUCUCAGAUGCCAUGGUUGGAGGAGGAGGGGGAGGAGGAGGUGAAGGAGGGGGAAUCUACAACAAGGGCAACUUUUCCAGCUCCGGAGAGAAGCCCUGCUCUUAUUUUGGAUCAGAGGGAACCCAGAGCUGGGGUGACCCCGACUACCCCAAACAGGUGGCCUUCUACGCCCAGCAGCGUUCCAAGAGCUUUGGAGGCCUCCCACUUCCCCUGACCAGACUCUCCCCUGGUUUACCUGAGUCCUGCGGAGGUGGAAGCACCAACAACUCUUCAGUCACCAGCAUUGUGCCCGUAGCCGGCUCACCUCAUGCCCAGGCCCGCCGCGCCCACAGCGAGCCAACCUCAGCCGGCGAGGGUUUCCCAGGCCGUCUGCCAGUGCCGGACUCGCCACCGGCCACUGUGCGGGACUGCAUGACCUGCUUUGAGAGCAAAGUGACGGCUGCCUUGGUGCCCUGUGGCCAUAACCUCUUCUGCAUGGAGUGUGCCAUCCGAAUCUGUGAGCUCAACCACCCGGAGUGCCCAGUGUGCCACACCCAGGUCACACAGGCCAUCCGAAUAUUCUCUUAAGGAACCACAUCAGUUUUUAUCAUUAGUUUUGUCAGUGUUUGUUCAAUAAUUAUUUACUGUUAUUAUGAUUAUUAUUAUAAUACACAUUUUUGUUUUUCAGAAAAUUUAAAAACAAUCAAGCAGAUAUUUUAGAAGGCACUGCUUGCUUUACUAAAAAGUAUAAGAAAUAUUUUUAAGUUUUUCUUUUAUAUAUAUAUAUGCAUAUAUAUUUUAUAAAAGUUUUGUUUAUAAGAGAAGUAUAGUACCCUGCAUUUUCAGUUUUUUGACUGCUGCUGUUUUUCAUUCAUGAAUCACAGUGUAGGCAGAGGUAGUAAUGUGAACAUUUUAUUAUUCAAAUUUUUAUUUUACCAUGAAGUGGGUUUAUAUUGAAGGAAGAAGAUGAUUGUUGAGGUACCCAAUCUGCAUCUGACUGACCUAGAAAGUCAAUGUUGUUAUUAGAAGAAAAAAAAAAUAGAAUUUUCAUUGCACCUUACAAUCAUCUUGGUCUAAAAUAGGAUUGUCAAUCAUACCUUGAAAUUUCAGGAGCUGAUGUGAAGGUGAAUUCAGCCAUAUCAGUUUUACUGUGAUUGUGGUUUGAUAUAAUUGGUCCAAAAACAUAUUAAUUUUAGGAAAAUGAAAAUGUGAAUCAAUUGGUUCUAGUCAAAGCCUUGUGAUCUUUACAAGGAAACAAAAACAGCCCCUUUAUUUCAUUCUUAUACCUUACAGUCUUAUAAACCAGAUUAAUGCUAAAAAGGGAUUGGACAUUACAUCAUUUAUUUAUGGUAAUUGGUUACAUUUUUACCAGUAUCAUUAUUCACAGAGAUGGAUGAAAGUUGUAUAAAGUAUGAGUAAAAUUUUCUUUCCAGUAGCCAUUGAUUACACUUUGGUCACUGCAGUUUGUUGAAAAGAUUCAGCAAUGCUUGCUCCUCGUGGCACUUGAAAAGCAUGUGGUCCCUCGGUUGGCUUAAAGCACUGAUUUAAUUUGUGAGGCCGAAAGCCUUGGAAUUCAUCCAGUUGGCUAGUUCUCGAUAUCUGUCUCCCCGAUGGACUUGUUUCAAAGCCACCUUAACCGCGCUUUAUUGUCUUGUGUGGUCAUUUGGCCACAGCCGCUGAACGAUAUAGGACAAAGCAAGAGCUCCAGUCAACAAGCACUGCUCUGAGGUGUGCACUGUAAAUAAGGAGGAGAAUUAGUGCGUGGACAGAAGCCGAGUAAAACUGUAAAAUGUUUCCUGAAUCAGCAGCAGACUCAGAUUAAAAUAGUUGACACUGUAAAAUACACAGUCCCAAAUCAGUAAUCCUUACUCCACGUCCCCAUUACUAACAGCAUUAUGUGUGAGCUCAGAGAGGCCUGCUGUCUCCCCUGUAAUUAGCAAAGCUGCACAGGAGCAGGUGUUUCAUGGCACACUGUGGCUGUGACCCCCAAGUUGGAGGUCUACCCUAGCCCCCUUUCUUUCUCUCUUUUCUUUGGGAGUGGCUUUUAUGUCUCCCCCUGCUUACAGUUCGAUCGUUUGCUUUCGAAGGUCUCUCUGAGUGGGGCGUAUUGUCUGGGCCCGGUAGCGGCGUGGGCUGCAGAGUGCUGCUCGGACACGGCCUGGAUCUACUCAUUCAUAAUUAGGCAAAUGGGCUGGUCCAGGUGCGGACCGUGUGGGGACUCUGGAGCUGUAUGAGGGGUAAGACAGGGUCCCGCAGUGAGCCCCUCGCUGCCCCGCCCCACUGUUACAAGCACAGAGGGGGCUGGAUGGUCUGGAUGCAGCUGGGCGAAUAGGACCCCCUCCUUCCGCUCCCUCUUGCCCCCCCCCCCCCCCCCUUCCUCUCCUUUUCUGCUGCUCUGAGCUAUCCCCACUGUGGAGAGGGGGGCCUCUUUUGUCCCAAAACACACACACACAAAAUUUGAAAGACAGUAGCUGAAUUUGGCAGCGUCUGUGAAAUGAGGAGAGGCUUAGGAGCAAAAUAAAUUACCUACAGUUAUCGGGCGAUACACCAGUUACCUGUUUUCAACGUUAAUAUCACACAAUUUGCUAUAUACCCUUUCCAAAUGAUGAAAAUCAAUCACAUUCACCUACAAAAGAAAGACUACAUGAUCUUAUAUGAGGUGCAGCAUUAAACCCCCAGCCCCAACUACACUGCCCUGAAAUUUGCUGGUGCUGUUUGCGUGACAGCACCAGUGCAGAUCGAAGUUUCCAUAAAGCCCCGGUCCCUCUUUACCUCCAGCCCCCCACCCCCCCAUCAUGUCAGCUCGCUACUGUAUGGGACAUCCUGCAGCUGCCCCUUCACUAUGGACACCGGGGCUUCAUCCAAUGGCAGCCCCCCUUGCUUUGAGCUUCCAGAAUGAAAUCAGACAAUUGUAAUUGACAGGAAAGCAGAGGAAACGCCCCAUUUAACCAGCACUCAUGCUGAAUCAAAUUACACACCCUCUGCGUCUGCCUUAGCCCCAGCCUGGGGAUUUCAGAGGGCUAGAGGAGAGCGGAUGGGGGUAGGGAUUAAAGCUGUUGAAUGAUAGGAGAGAGGGUGGGCGGGGGGGUGGGUUCAUUUUGGCUGGAGACACACAGAAGUAUGCUCCAAUAUAAAUGAGACCCUGCAGAUCUAGCAAUUUUAAAGAUCAUUCAAGUGUUGCAGUGAGUUUUGAGUUGUCACAUGUGGGCCAGUAGUGACAACAGGGAACACGGGUGAUUCAGCAGGCCUUUCUUGUGUUGCACUGGAGCACAAUUGAACUCGGCUUCUGUCUCAAAGAAAAAUUAACCAUUACAAAUUGUGUCAUCUGGGACACGAAGGCCCCUCCCUUUUUUCUUUUUUUUAAAACGGCAACAUAUAAAGCAGACCACUGGCAUUACAUGUGGACUGCAGGUAAAGCACUGUACUUGCAAAAAGUACCCUGAAAUCUAUCAGAUGUAGAAAUAAAGAAGAGUUAUGAUUUUAUGGAUGGAGGAAUUGCACAGUGGUUUGGCCUAAGCUUUCAAUGUUCAAAUUCAAGGCAGUAUGAUACUGUUCUUUGAACUUAGUAUUUUUUUUAUUUUGUUUUCUGCCUUAAUAUUUUUUACUAAACUAUUGUCAUUACUUUGGCAUACAAGGUAGCAACUUUGGCCUUUGACAGUACCGCCCCAUAAACAACUUUUAAAGUACCUAUUUUUGGAGAAAAGAAUGUGAAUCAAAAUGCUUGGGUAGGGGUUAUAGGGGUUCAGGAAAUUAGGCUCCUAGAACACUUUACUUAAAAUAUAGAGUAAAGCACCUUAUAACAAAACAUGCGCAUUUGAUUAAUACCAAACCGACCACUGAUGGUGAAAUAUAUUUCAUAGAAUCUGAAAGACAUGCACAUAAGGAUUCCCUAUCAUUUUUUGUAUUAUGGUGGUUCUUGUUAUUCUUAAUACUACAGUAGUUCUAGUGGUAAUUUGGGAGACCUCUCGUCCAUUUAGUCAAUGCUGAUGACUUGGUUGAGUUUUGCACUGGUUUAAUGAAGAGAGGGCUUAUUGGAGAUUCUCCCAGUUUAGACGCUGUAUAAGUUAAUGAGUAUUGUACUUUAUGGAAAAGCACUCUGAGCAUCUAUGUAAAUACAGUAUGUGUAUCAGUUACGAACAUCCAGACAAAGGCCCGCUUGAUGUGAGGUUUUGAUUAUUUUUACGAACUGAAGGUGUCAUUGUCAAUGUUUUUAGCAUAUGGAAUUCAAAAUGUUUCUGGGUUUUAGGGAGAGUAAAUCUUUUAUAUAUGUGUCCCAUCAUCCUUUUGACGAUAAUAGUAUAUUAGAUAGAUCCAUACAUUUAAGAAAUAUUAUUUAAACUGAUUAACUUAGUAUUUCAUCCAAAUAUAUAAAUGAGAAAUUAACCAGACACUACUAUAAACUGUAAUAAUGAAUAUCCUUUAUAAAGCCGCUGAUGUAUAAAUCCAGUCUCAAAUAAAAACUCAAAUGAAUAGUAUGUGUAAUAACCUAACCCCUACUGAAUAAAUCAGUUUCUAUGUAUAUUAGGAUGAAAAGCAAUAAUAGGACUAUACUGGGACAAUAAACAGAGGAGCCUGCUUAGUCAGUUCUUUAAAUAAUAUUCUAUUCAGAAAUUGACCUUGAUUAUUAGGAUACCGCUGCAUUUCUGUCUCAUAUCUGCUUAAAAUUAAUUAUGGAUUCAUGCCAGUGUAGUAACUGAUAUAAUUAAUUAGUAACCGUUUCAGGAUAAGUAAUUGUUCUUGUUGUGUUCAUCAGGGUCUUAGCCAUUUGAUUGCUUAAUUUCUUUUAUGUUGAAUAUCAAUCAGAUCGCAGAGUGGGUCAAGACAAACUUAAGGAAUCCUUCUCCUGAGUAGCACUGAAAUGGUGAAACUGCAAUUUGUGUGACUAAGGAGAGAGAGAGAAUCUUAUUGCGCUGUAGAAGUGAUCGCUCAAGUGUAAACAAACAGCAAGACCAGAGCGUGAGCACCGAGGUUUGUCCUGUUUGUUAAAAAAAGCAGGAGCUGGUGACUUUACUUAUGACAGACUGAUGUCUCGAAGGCUUUGGUCAAAAGAAACAUACACACAGCAGUGAGAAGCAGGGGGUAGGGCAACAUGAUGUGAUGUACUGUACCAGUCAUUCUUUUACUGAAGUCAUGUUGACCACGUGGAGAGCUUCGAUUCUUUACACUCAUUACUUUUUUGUUAAAUUACAUACAGGGGCACACGAGUUACUUAUAGCAUAUCUUAAGAUGAGUUCUGUUUACAUUGUGAUAAUAAGUUUCUAAUUUCAUGGCUCUAUUUUAUACUUGCGUUGCACCAACUUUUCAUCCAUUGUUUUUUUCUUUGAAAGAAAAAGGUCAGACAUAGCCAAAGAACAAAUUACAAGGAAGAGGACAUGAACUAAUUUAUCACUUGAGUUAACUUAUCUUAGCAUCAAAAUCCACUUGGUUUAGAGUUUAUUGAAUUAAGAAAUAAUCUCAUAGCUAGAAUUACUCUGUUUACCCAAAAGUCUUAGAGGCCACUUAAUCGAUAUCUGUGAAAUGAAGGCAUAUCAUGUUUCAGUGUUGUAAGAUUAGUUUAAUACUACAGAGGCGCCGGUAACAGACUUACUUCUCCCAAAGAGACCAGCUUACAGCACAUCCUGGCACUUACACAGUCCUUUGAGUAGUUUUCUAUUGUCCCGGUUAGAUUGUUGGGGGAAUAAAAAAAACACAGUCCAGGGAAUGUCUUAAUCUUUCUAAAUAACUUGACUGAGCUUGAGAGGUUGAGAUUAAAAGGAACUGCCCAAGUAAUUAAAAAAAUAGCCUGAGAAGGAAUUGUAUCAAGAAUGUUAAAAUUCAGGCUGAAUUGCUAAAUUUUAAGACCCACAGAGUAAAACGGUGAGAUUUACACAAGGUAACAGUGUAAUAGUUAACAAAACAACACUGUGGUUUUAGUUAAUAUUGUUUAGAGAGCCAUUAACUGUAUCCUUGAGUUUAACUGCAUGCUAGUAAAAUAUAGUACAGUAGGUUAAGAUUUAUCAGAAAAAAAAGUUAAGAUCACAUAAAGAAUUCAUCAGCCUGAUACCUGAAGUGUAUAAAAAGCUUUAAGACCUUAAAGUUAAAAUCGGUUUAAAAUCAUAUAUUUACCGUGUAGUUUAACUAAUUGAUACAUAAAGUUUAAUUAUGAUUCUUAAGAAUAUGCUAAGGUGUAAGUUUCAUUUGUCCAACUCACCCAGUAUGAAAUACUUUUUAAUUCAGUGGAGCGACAAGGGGGUGGGGUGACUCACAGUGACAUUUGAUUCAUUAAGUUCUUGUUAGUAUUAUUUACAAUAUUGUAUUAAGCUUACUAUUAUAGUAAUGGUAGAAACUGUUGAUGUUUUUCUUCUCUUGAUAUGAAAAGGUCUUUAUGCAUUUAUGUAGAAUCCCUUUUAAGGAGUGAUAGGAAAUCCUUAUUUUCAAUGGAUGCACUUAAGCAAUUGUACCAACCUGUCGAAAUCACACAUUGAGCAAGUAAUGCAUUUGAAUGUAAAAAAAAAAAAAAAAAAAGGAAAAAAAAAGACCACUCAACUUAAUGCACUCCUUAUGCUUAUUGUUUUGUCAACUUACAAGUGAGCUUUAAGUUUUUUUUUUUGUUUGUUUGUUUGUUUUUUGGAAAGAAUUUGCGACAGGUUUUCAGCGUAGACUAUAUUUGAGUUCUUCCACAUACAUUUAUAGAAAGUAACUUAAAAAGAAUAAAAAAAACAUAUUACAGUUUCUCAAAUCUAUUUUGCUAACAUGGGUUAUUAUUUCAUAGAAAGCAGAGGAAAGAAGUCAGUAUCUGGAUGUUAUUUAUGAAAAGUAAAAAAAUGAAGCAACAUAUUUAUGAGUAACCUCAAGACAUUUUGUUUUUUAAUUAAAAUUACAAGAAGUUAAUAUAUUUCUAAACACAGGGAAGUCAGUUUCUACUAAUAAGUAAAAUGAGAAAAGAAGUUUAGAAGUUUUAUUUAUGAAAGUUAUGGAUGCUCGUCUUUUCCAUGUGCUUUAUUGUAAAUGAAGUAAAUGGAACAGGAGCUCCCCAUAGCUUAAAUUUUAACUUCAGACAUGCACUACUUCAACAUCAGUGCAUUCACAAUGGAAUAAUUACAGAAAAUAAUAUAAUAUUUUUUAGAAUUUGGAGAUAUUUUAGUCACAGAGCAUCAAUUUUGUGCCUCAAUUAUAUAUUUUUCCUGCAUCAGCAUUCUUUGUGCAGUGCUGCUUGCUGUAACCCCUUUCUCCCCUUCAACUAACCCCAUGUUACUGACUGAAACACAUUACUCAUUUCCUCUGUAAUCUAAACUCGCUUUUACUUAUCAAACGUAUAAAACAUGUUACGACUGCAACGCUUGGAAUGAAUGAGGCAGCUGUGACCCUCUCGCCAAUAGGGCCACACAUAACUUGUACACACUUUCAUUCAUAACAUUUUGUACAUCUACUACUCAGUUUGUGAUCAGCAGCAGAGCAUAAUCAGCUUAAAGAGAAAUCUUUAUGAGACUUUGCCUAAUGUGUUAAUUAGGUGAAGUGUGUGGAUCGAGUGGAGGCAUCUAGGAGAGGACAAGAGCGCACUGUGUAGUAGAUCUAUGUAACUAGAUGCACACAUAUACACACAACAGAUUCAUUACCGUACUAGGUUGCAUGUAUGUUGUAUGGUCACUUAGACAGGAGAAAUGGUGCAGGUCCUGUGUUAUCCGUAUACGUCAGCGCACUUGGGCCGUUUCUCCUCUGUAGAUUUUCAUAGUUGGAGUCUCUUUGGAAACUGGAAAGUUGACAUGAGUUUGGAGCCAGGCAAAGAGGCCAUUUCAGUCCCCACAUAAAAGUUGGAUUUUUGCAUUCUCAGUUACCUGUUAGUGAUGAAAGACUGUUCGCACCUCAUAUCAAUUAACUUGAAGUUCUUCGUUUGUGUAAGAGUUGAUACAGAUUUAAGAAAAAAACUUGACAAAAACACUACAAUGGCACAUUUUCUGCUGCAUGUAAAGGAUGGGGACUGAAGUGAUGCUCGCUGGUGAAACUCGCACCCUUUUCCAAAGAGGCCGAUACAGUCUGACAGUUUGUCUUUGGUAGCGUUUCCAAUUUUUCCAGCACAGUAGAGGUGUUUCAUACCGGUCUAAUAGUGGUCGUAGUGCAUUAGUUUUUGGGCCAGCAUCACCUGGCAUUAGUUUCUGGUUUCUCUGUGAACAGUGAAAGAGGGUUGCCACUGUGGCCCUCUGUGGCUGACCGUCAACUUUGAUGGAUGGAAAAAAAAAAAAAAGAAAAAAAAGAAGUCUUUGAACUCUGUUACAGUGUGCCAUGCCCUUACAAGGCAUGUGAUAUUGCAGGUUUAUUUCUUAUAGCACAUGUUUUUUUGUGAAUUACAUUUUUUGGAGACAUUUUUAUUAUUAUUAUUAUUAUUGUAUCUGCGCCAUGUUAGUUCUGGUUCUUUGUUAUUUUUCCAAGAUUCAAGAUGUAUUGUAAAUGUUUCUAAUAAAACAAAAAUGAAAUGAUCUCCAAUUGAAA